AGGGUAUCAUGGGUCUUGUAGUUCAGUGGCUCAUCAGGCUCGCCGCCUUGGCUGGGUGAUUUGGGCCGAGAACUACAAAGCCCAGGGGUCCGGAGCGCGGCGACAGACUGAUAAAUUGGGAGCUACUCGGCUGGUGUUAAAGUGGCUCUUUGUCUGCAGGGGGCUCCGGGGUGGUCGCUGGAUUGGGCGCUGUGCGUCGGGCGGGGGUAGCGCAGGUGAGCCUCAGUGCUGCGCUCCAGCCCCGCAGCCUCUGCACUGGCGGCCCCGCCCCAUCGCCACCGCCCGGGGCCUGGGCCUCCUAGGGUGCUGCCUCUCGGUGCAGAACCGUAUGUAUGGCGCAAGGUCGAUGCGAGAGACCCGACAAAGCCGUCAUUAAAAGGCCUUUGCCUUUCCCCGUGAAUCUCUAGGUUUGAGUUAUUGGGCUGCUUCAGAUUGUCCACAGAGGUUGACUACGAUUUGCCUCAUGCUGUACAAGGGAUGUGAUUUUUGCCAACAGGCAGAUAAUUUCCGAGACUGUGUGAUGUUUGGAAUUCUGGGAACUUCUCAGAGAGUAUAUAAAUGCUAAGACUCCAAGAGGUGUCUGAAAGAAGAUGAAUUUGGCGGAGAUUUGUGAGAAUGCAAAGAAAGGCCGGGAAUAUGCGCUUCUGGGGAAUUAUGACUCAUCAAUGGUGUAUUACCAGGGAGUGAUACAGCAGAUCCAGAGACACUGCCAGUCACUGAGAGACCCAGCCACCAAAGCCAAGUGGCAGCAGGUACGGCAGGAACUCUUGGAAGAAUAUGAACAGGUUAAGAGUAUCGUCAGCACUUUAGAAAGCUUUAAGAUGGACAAGCCCCCUGACUUCCCCGUGUCUUGUCGAGAUGAACCAUUUAGAGACCCUGCAGUAUGGCCACCCCCUGUCCCUGCGGAACACAGAGCACCACCUCAAAUCAGGCGUCCCAAUCGGGAAGUGAGGCCUCUGCGGAAAGACAUGGGGGCAGGAGCCCGAGGACUCGUGGGCCGAGCACACCAGAUAUCGAAGAGUGACAAACCUGCAAGUCGGGACAAGGACUGUAGAGCAAGAGGGAGAGAUGACAAGGCAAGGAAAAAUAUGCAAGAUGGCGCAAGUGACGGCGAGAUUCCCAAGUUUGAUGGCGCUGGGUACGAUAAGGAUCUGGUGGAAGCCCUAGAGAGGGACAUUGUGUCCAGGAACCCUAGCAUUCACUGGGAUGACAUAGCAGACCUGGAGGAGGCUAAGAAGUUGCUCCGGGAAGCUGUCGUCCUGCCCAUGUGGAUGCCUGACUUUUUCAAAGGGAUUAGAAGGCCAUGGAAGGGUGUGCUGAUGGUUGGCCCCCCAGGCACUGGUAAGACUAUGCUGGCUAAAGCGGUUGCCACCGAAUGUGGGACAACCUUUUUUAACGUCUCCUCUUCUACCCUGACAUCUAAGUACAGAGGCGAAUCUGAGAAGUUGGUCCGACUGUUGUUUGAAAUGGCUAGGUUCUAUGCCCCCACCACGAUCUUCAUCGACGAAAUAGACUCUAUCUGCAGUCGAAGAGGGACAUCUGACGAGCACGAGGCAAGCCGCAGAGUCAAGUCAGAGCUCCUCAUCCAGAUGGAUGGAGUUGGAGGAGCCUUAGAAAAUGAUGACCCAUCCAAAAUGGUGAUGGUCCUGGCUGCUACGAACUUCCCGUGGGACAUCGACGAGGCUCUGCGCAGGAGACUAGAGAAAAGGAUCUACAUUCCUCUCCCGACAGCAAAAGGAAGAGCGGAGCUCCUGAAGAUCAGCCUCCGGGAGGUGGAGCUGGACCCCGACGUCCACCUGGAGGACAUUGCCGACAAGACCGAUGGCUACUCGGGAGCCGACAUCACUAACAUCUGCAGGGACGCUUCUUUGAUGGCGAUGAGGCGGCGCAUCAAUGGCUUGAGUCCGGAAGAGAUCCGGGCCCUGUCCAAGGAGGAGCUGCAGAUGCCUGUCACCAGAGGGGACUUGGAGUUGGCACUUAAGAAAAUCGCCAAGUCUGUCUCAGCGGCAGACCUGGAGAAAUAUGAAAAGUGGAUGGUUGAGUUUGGGUCUGCGUGAUUGGUCAGCUGUUCCAUCUCUGGGAAUUUUCUUUAUGAAAUGUGAAGAAAUUCCUGAAAUUAAAAAAAAAAAUCUGGAAUUUUUAAUCAGAGAAAUCUUCACUUAAAGGCCAAAACAAAACAGAAAUGCCUAAAGGUACAGAGAAAUGUAGUUGAGAAACAAGAGAUGCUCACACAGUCUGCUGGCUUCAGUAUCAAACUUCAUACUUGUGGUACAGAAUAAGUGAGCCUGUGGCCUGGGCUGAAGGGGCAGCUCUGUGCGGGGAGGGCCUUGUUUACAAAGCAUUGGCAGAGUUUUCUUGCCCACACAUGCACUGACUGUUAGUUUGGAAUUGUCACUUUGAGUGGAAUGAUCACGAGUUCUUCAGGAAUGAUCUUUAAAUCUGUAGAAUCUAAUACUUCCUCUUAGAGUUGAAGAUGUAGUUAGUAUACUCGCCCUCCUAGUGUACCAGUUCCUCUGUUAGCUGCUGCCUUACAUCCAUGGGGAAGAGUCUGACCGAUGGCUCCGCUGACAUCUGCCAAGUAUUUCCCCUGGCCUGCAGCCUCUGUGCCCAUGCCUCUCGUGCUUCCUUUGGAACGAUGGGAAGAGCCCUUCUUUGUUAGCAGCAGCCUUCAGCCUUUGAAGUCUUCACUCUUCACUCAGUAAGCUCAAGUCAAUAUGGCUAUUGUUUUUUCUCACCUCCAACACUGUGUGCUUUUGACUGUGUGGAAUUUGAAGCCUUUAGGUCGGUAAUCUGAGUUCUAAAGAAGACUAAGUCUCCUAUGGUAAUGCAAAAGAGCCUUUCCCCCUCUUGUUCAUGUGAGCAUUCUGCCAGCAGGUACAUCUGUGUACCACACGCAUGCAGUGCCUGAGGAGGCCAGAGGAGGGCGCUGGAUCCCCUGGAUUCGGGAAUUACAGGGUGUGUGAGACACCGUGUGGAUGCUGGGAACCAAACCUAGGUCCUCUAUGAGGGCAGCCAGUGCUCUUAAUGGCUGAGCCAUCCCUCCAACCCCACAAACAGAACCUGUGAACUUAUGCGUGCAGUGGGACUAAAGCAGACAUCUGCCGUGUUCAUUAGAUGAGGAGUUAGCCAGGAAGGAGGUUCUCAGACAGGGGGCCACAUGAGUGUGGUCACAUGCACUGUGUGGUCACACAUACUGUGCCCUGAUGUUCGUUCUCUGUAAUUUAUUACAACUGCCCCUUCUGGAUCAUCAGGCAACCUAUGCUUUCAAAAGCUUGUCUACUGAUAUCCUGAUUCUCGAGCCUGUUUUAAGCUAUAUAGUAUAUACACCUUAGAGGCACUUUUAAAAACUCCUAGUAUGUUGCUUAAGAUAUUUGACCCCCCCCCCCUUUUUUUUUAUUAAAACCUAUAAAUGCAUCAUGCUCUUUUCAGGAGACAUAAACCCGACUCUUUAAACUCCCGGACUCAUCUGAUCACUGUAACCUGCCCCCUUUCUUCUGAGAGGGAGUGAAGGGCUCCAGCAGGCUGACCAUUGCACUCACAGGCCGGAGCGUGGCAGACAGGGCACUGACAGGUUUUGCCCUUUACCCCUCCCCCACUGAGCUGUUAGCUCGCUCCUGAAGCUCCCUGCCAAGGUCUGUUCCCUUAUAUGGCUGGCCACUGACUCAUUCCUGAGACCGAACACCAAGGUCCAGCUAUCAGAAUUCAUUAUUUUGACUAACCCAACUAACAUACCAACCAGAUCUUACCAGCACAUUCUAGCUCAUUCUAAGACAGAACCCCCUCCUUUCGUCUUACAAUUAGCACCCGAAAAGCUAGCUUACUGUUGUUUCUGUGUAAUUCAGAUUCAGCCACCAUGUCUCUCUGCCUUGCUUAAUAAAGGAUCUCUUUGCAUUUGGCUUGUGCUUGGACAUAGGUGUUUGGAUGUGGUCUGUGCCUAACCCGGGCUCCAGAGGGGAACAUCCCACAGUACACAGGUCCCUUCACACAGAUUAUAAAAUUUCAAAUCAAAAAGCAUUUAUAAUGGGACUAAUUUUAAAAAAUUAGACUGAGAGACUUUUCCUUCCACGAACAAACUUGCUUUUAUUUAUUUACUUUGAGGAAGAAUCUUAUUCUGUUGCCAAUGCUGGUCUCCAACUCCUGGGCCCAGCUGUUUCAGCCUCCCAGUAGCUGGGACUCAUUAUCGAUAAAUGCUUAAAAUAAACAACUAAUGUGGAAGGCUGAAUCAGGAGGAUCCGUAGGAAACAGAAACAGCCCAAAUGUCCUCCAACUGCUGAAAGGAUGAUGAAAAUAUCACACACACACACACACACACACACACACACACACACACACACACAUACACACACAGUCUGAAGUCAGCUUGUGUAGAAUAGCAAGGCCCUAUCUCAAAAAUCAAACCGAAAGAAACAACCCCACUCAUUCCUCUUGUUGUAUUUCAAAGAGAAAGAAACAAGGAAGGAAGGAAGGAAGGAAGGAAGGAAGGAAGGAAGGAAGGAAGGAAGGAAGACCCGACCUUCUCCAUAACCUGCUGUGGGAGACCUUUCCUGGCUUUGGCAUUGCUUACCUUUGCAUAAACUUAUUUUUUUCUGAAGUCCUUAUGCACCCGCAGUGCAGACCUGCGUCUACGCCAGGGUAGGUGGUGGUCUGUAGUUAGUAAGUCACAUGUAGACGGCACAGAUCUGCAAGAGGCCGGCCACUCAGAUGUGUCUCUCCUGUAAGACAUGCUGUCCGCACAUUGUCACUGCCAUGGCGGCAGGGGGCAUGUUACCCUGCACACAGUAGGGAUUGUUUUCUUCGCUGCUCUGGAUUGUAAAGCAGAUGUGGUACCUCAGUAGAAGAAGCUGGUCCUACUUCCUUGGGAAACAGGAGCUCCGGGGCAGCAGCGCAGGGACUGGUGUGUGCACAGUUGUUUGAUAGUCCCGUCGUGGGCACACUGUGCUGGUCACCCUCUCUGUGUAGAUGGUGGCUGGAGGUUGUGUGGCUUGCCAAGCAGUGCUGGCUGGACAUUUUCUCCAGUAACUGUCACUCCUGGCUUCUGCUACUACAGCAGGAGUUUAGCUUAUAACUGGAGAGACAGCGAACUGUGUGAUCGGAGAAGAGAAUAUAUAGAAAGGUUUUCCCCUCUGCUUUUCCUUUGAAACCUUUGAUUGGUUUUAAAACGAGAAGUUUUAAGCAAUUAAACAGUUUGUUUAAACAGACAAUUAAAAAUAAAGCCAUUAAAGAUCUAUUUCAAUGUGCCCACAUUAUCAUUUUUGUGCCAUAAUUACACAUGUAAUUAUGAAAACCAUACACGUAGGUAACGUGGUUACUGUGAAAGCUUCCAUAGUUUCCUUUUUAAAGAAAGUAAGAUAAUAUUGGUGAGAUGUCCCAGACAAAUGGCUCUUUAAGGGGAAGCUGUGACCUCCUAAGUUACUCAGCUUAGCAACAGGUGACAUCAGGUCGGCAGAAUGACCCCUGGCAACACAUGGUCAUCAGAAAUGCCAGACACUGGGAGCACCCUGCUGGGGCCUUCACAGGAGAGCCUGGGUCACAGUUCAGUCACACAGCUGUCUAACUUUCAGGGAGUUCACUGAGUGGGAUGGAGUAGGCAGACCAGCACCCAAAAGCAGUCAAGCAGGCACACGGAACCCUAAAAACGAGCAGUCGCCCAGGAGUAUGUGUGAGCCCAGUUUACAGUAUUAAUUGUCGCUGAUUAUCCCUGUGUGUGUUGUGACUCUGUGGGGGGUUAUUGGUCUCCUUAGCUCUUGGGUAUCUGAGUUCAUGAGACUUCCUUCCUUGGAUACACUACAGGAUCCCACAGGAGUCUACCCAGGUAACCUCCUUGGUGCCCCACUGGGGAGGCAGGCAAAGAAACGGUCAUUUGUGUAGUGGGUGUGGCUCUGACCUCAGUGUGGUCUUCUUUGGUCUCUUUCCCCCCCACACACACACACCAGGCCCCCAAUAGUCGUACACUUCCCCUGUUCUCUUAUUAAACAUAGAUUACAUCUAGGGUAUGCCUCAUGCUUUGGGAUAAAAUGUUAGGUGGGACUCGACCUUUUCUAAGAAAAGAUCUAACUGUGGCGAAUGAGGGAAGAAUCUAGACUAUUCCAACUUUCUAGUUUGUUUUGUUGCUUAAUGUUUGAAUGUACAAAUGUUUUAGAUUUGUGACACAUAUAAUAUUUAUGUGAAUCUAAGAGUCCAUCACAAUAGAAGAAAAUAGGACCAAGUUGAAGGAUGUGUUGUGGGCAAACUAACCCUCACCGGGACCGCACUGAUAUUAAAGUUGAAGGAUGGGGGUGGGGGAGGGGAGACUAACCCUCAUGGGGACCACUCAUCCACACUUAUCAUUUCUGCAGUUUAUUUACCUCAUAAUUACUACAUGUUUACUUAUUUAUGCUUUUAAUUUAGGCUUUCCUUAUUUAUUUAAUUUUUGGGUCACUUGCUUUUGAUAUUGUUUCUUAAUGUGGAAACUGAGUAUUUAAAAUAUUAGAUCUGUAUGGUGAUAUGUUUUUACACAUUUACUUAGUAGUAAUUUGAAUUUUUACAAGUUUUUUUUUCCCCUCUGAAAACUGUAGUUUUGAUGAUAAUUCUCAUUUCAGGUGCCUUGUUAAUAAAAACUUAUUAAGAGGAUGCUGUGAGAUCUUUUCUGCUCUGCUUUUC